AUGAAAUUUCUCGUUAUAGAUGAAACUAACCGAAUAUUAGAUACAGAAUUGGAACUUGAUAUACGAAAAUUAGCAAGUCUUUGUUUAUCAUUACAAGAAGAACGAGUUCCAUGGAUAUUUUUCGCAACAUUUUCUAAUCAAUUACAACAAUUAGCAAAACAUGUCCUUUGUGAAGAUCAUAUUUUUUUCUAUGAGAGUGCAAAUGUCGAUGUAGCACAUACAAUCGAAGAAGUACCAUUUACAAAGAAACAAGAUCUGAACGUUGUUUGA